CGAGCGUUGUUUCUUGUAAGAUGUCUACAUGGGGAAAAUCGACGAUACUAAAGUCGGUUGAACACGAUGCAAAUGAUGGACCUUGAAGGCCCCCAAAGUUCCCAAGGGCUUACCGCCAGGUACGAUGAGCUGCUGGCGCCUGUGACUUCAAAGGACAACGAUACUAGUUUUAACCGGGCUUCAGCUACGUACUCGAAUCUUGAUGAUCGCUUCCGCGCCGCAAAGCGCUCCUAUGAGCGGCAGUAUGCACAGCUUUACUUCUCUCGCCUCAUGCUGCUUAAGGAGGUCAUGCUUGCCCGGGUGCAGCAGCUCUGGCCCGGCGUUCCAGUGUGCACCAUCCUGGAGGUCCCGGAGAGCAAGGAGGUGGCCGUCAUAGGGACUGUGUACAAGAACAUGAAGCUCAAGCCCAGUAUUCUGGAUGAGUACUCCAAGGACCGGGGCCUGAAGGCCGCCCUGGGCGCAGCUAAUUUCUGCAGCGGCGACGACAGCUUGGUACUGGAGGAUGAGGGGGCGCGCAUGGUGCUGCGGGACGUGGCGGGGCCGGGCCCGGCCGGCGGGUCGACCACCUCGGGGGGUGGCAGCGAGCCGCUCAACGUGCAGGAGAUCGUGACUGGGUUGGUGCUGGCGGUGCGGGGUGUGCACGAGCCCGGCGGCGACUUCAUUGUCAACGCCGUGUGCUUCCCUGGCAUGGCGCCCAACCCGCACCCGCUGCCGGCGCCGGUGCCGCACCGUGCGGCGGCAGCAACAGCAGCUGUGGUGGCUGCUGGGGCACCCGGUGACAAGUACGUUGCUCUGGCCUCGGGGUUCUGCCUUGGGUCGAGCAAGGCGGAUAUGCUCAAGACUCAACUGGCGCUGGACUUCCUGACUGGCAACCUGGGCAGCCCCGUGGAGCAGCAGCUCAGUGCACAGAUUGUGCGGCUGGUGGUCGCGGGCGGCUGCAUUGGCCAGUUGGAGGCGCUGGCGGGUGGCGGCGGCGGCGGUAGCGGCUCGUCCAAUCCUUACAACCGUCAAGCGCAGGGCGUGGCGCUGCAGCCCGUGCGCGACCUGGACCUCCUCCUGGCGGAGCUGUCUGCGGGCAUGUCGGUGGACGUGAUGCCAGGGGCAGAGGACCCCGCUAACGUCGCACUCCCGCAACAGCCCAUGCACAGGUGUCUUUUCCCUGCGGCUGGGAUGCAAGGCUCCUUCGUGCGCGCCACCAAUCCUCACGAGUUCGAGUCGGACGGUGUGCGCUUGUUGGGUUGCAGCGGCCAGAAUGUGGACGACAUGGCCAAAUACUGCGGCAUUCGGGAUAGGUUGGACAUCAUGCAACGCUCUGUGGAGAGUCGCCACAUAGCCCCCACCGCCCCCGACACCCUCACCUGCUACCCCUUCCACGACAAGGAUCCCUUCAUCUUGGAGACCACUCCGCACGUCUACUUUGUGGGCAACCAGCCUGAAUUCGCGACAAGGCUGUUGGGUGGCGGGUCGGCGGCAGGAGCAGCAGCAGCUGCAGGGCCCGUUGUGCGGUUGGUGACAGUGCCCAGUUUUGUGCGCACGGGGACGAUCGUGCUGAUCAACCUUCGGACGUUGGCGUGCCAUCCGCUUCGGUUCGACGGCACUUUGGGUUUGUAAGGAUGGAAGGAGACGACGGCUGGGUGUGGUGGUGGCUUGGGUGUUCAAGAUGGUGUUAGGGAUGGGGCUGGCGGUGUUGGUUAGACGGUCGUGGAUACCUUUCCUCAAUGGUGAUUUGUGUGUGAGGGGGUGUAGUGGCGAUGGUGGUGAUGAUGACGGCGGUGUCGAGGGUUUGGGAAGACACAAACUUGUGCGAAACCCAAGCACGGACAGUUUAGGAGGCUGAGGCAGAUGAGUCGUGGCGACUGUAUGCGGAGGCCGUUUUGGCGAGUUUUGCGGUGCAAGGACUUGACCUUUGGAUGAAAGCGUUCAUGCGUCUGUUCAGGCCUUCUGCGCGGCUCCUUUCUGUUGGUGAGAUUUUCGGACCGGCAAUCCAAGGUUGACGAUCCCCCUUGGUUAGGCCUGAUAAUCGGGACAAGACUAGGCACCAUACAGUUUGGUUGGAACGUGUGCGCUAUGUUAAGUUAGGUGCAUUAAAUUAGAUACCAGUCUGCGACUUUUUGGCUGGAACAUUUCUUGGCUGGAUUCUUAGUAGCCUAGAAUACGUGGAUGAAGGACGUGUAUAAACCUUCCAAAACC